AUGAGGUGCAGCAAAGACGGAACCACUGGAUCCCACAUCUUGGAAGUGCGCAUGCGCCAGUUGCCUCUGCGGGUGCAGACCGUAGCGGGAGCAAAACUCUCGCGUGAUGGGUUGGCGCAGGCUGCGGGUUCAACAGAACAUAAACCUACAGAGAGCACCGGGCUUUCCCUUCAGAAGCUCUCCUGCCUUCUGAGGCUUGGCCCUUUCCGAACGUCCAUUUCUCCCCCACUUAGGUUUCCGUUCAGCCGGCCAGAGCUGCUAAAGGAAUGGGUGCUGAACAUUGGCCGAGGCAACUUCAAGCCCAAGCAGCACACGGUCAUCUGCUCGGACCACUUCAAGCCCGACUGCUUCAGUGCCUUUGGCAACCGGAAGAACCUGAAGCAGAACGCCGUGCCCACAGUGUUUGCUUUCCAGGAUACAGCACAGCUGGUUAGGGAGAACACGGACCCUGCUGCAGAGAGGAGCGAUGCCCAGGCGCAGCAGCCGGGGAAGGACUUCUCUAGUGCAGGGGCUCGAGAAUACACCCCAGGAAGAAAGAUGGAAAUUCCACUUGACAAGCACCAGUUAUCCCCAGAUGCUGAGGCUUCUGAAAAAGAGGUCUCCUCCUACAAGACAGAAGAAGCUGAGUCCCGCCUCCUGCCCAUCAGUCCCACAGAGCAGAAAGGUUCCCUUUCCCUUCCAGAAUCUGACCACAGCUAUGCUCUCCUGGACUUGGAUGCUUUAAAAAAAAAACUUGUGCUCACCCUGAAGGAAAAUGAAAGACUUCGCAAGAGGCUAAAGCUGCAGAGGGUGGCAAUGAGAAGGAUGUCCAGCCGCCUUCAGGCUCUCCAAGAGGAAAAGAAGCGACAGAAAGCUCUUCGGAGCGGAGAGGAGCCGCCAGUGGCCUGAGGCAGCAGAGCUCCCUCCUAAGGAAGAGACAGCAGCCCCUGCUCUGUCGCUCCUUCCAGAGCCCUGCUGUGGGUCCCACAUUGCUAGCAUGUUGCUCUCAACACUUUGAAAAGACUGGCACUUGGGAUGUGGCAGAGGAAAGGAGUGUUGGGGCAUAACCUCAGAGGAGGGAAAAAACUCACUCAGUGCCCAGGGAAGGCAGGAGCCUCAAACAGAAAACAGAGAUGAGUAUCAUUUCCAUUCCAGUGUUUGCUUUCUUGGUACUCCGUUUUAUUUUUUAAAAGCUUUACCUUCUGUCGUAGAGUCAAUACUCUGUGGUUCCAAAGGCAGAAGAGUGGUAAGGACUAGGCAAUGGGGGUUUAAGUGAGUUGCUCGGGAUCACAUAGCUAGGAAAUGUCUGUCACAUUUGAACCCAGGACCUCCUCGUCUGUAGGCCAAUCCUCUAGCAAAACCAGUGCCUGUAAGGGUCUGUCUGGGUUGGCUUACCAAGUGCCGUAGAUUGGCCCCAGAUUCAGAGUGGGCUUCCUGUCCCUUCCUAGUCUGAGAGUAUAAACUCUGCCUUCCACAAACACUUUGCAAGUUUCCAUCCUUUGCUAAAAAAAUAGGAAUCAUUAGUUUUGAGUUUCUUUGCUCAGUCCAGGCUAUUGUGGACGCAGAAAAAGACUCCAAGAAACAGUUUCACUUUAUACCUUGUAAAGCAGUGGACAGGGCAGAUACCUUUGAGAAAAAUAUCUUUAUUAAAAAAUGCCACUAUUGUGGAAUAUCCCACUUCAGACUUCAUGUUCCUCUCAUCAGUGUCAUCUCGAACACUGUGACACCCCCUUCCUGCUGUCCAUACAUGCCAUGGUUUGCAUAAGCAUCAGUACCCUGAUGUGCAAUCUAGCCUCAUGUUAGGCAGAAGGAGGCACAAGAUUUGUGCUUGCUGAGCAUACAUGGUACAGUGGAUGGAACAAAUCUCGAAGGAGCCUUCCAUAAAACUGCUGCCCCUUUUCUUAGUUGUGUUUUAAAAAACCAGUCCCGGCUCCAGCUUUCAGAAAGGGUUUAUUAUUGACAAUACAGUGCCUUCUGUACAACCAGCUUCAAACAAAUUGAAGAAAAUUGAUACCCAAAAGAACCAUCUGCAGCAAAGGGGACAACAGGCCACUCUGGGUCAGUCAUUCAGCGAAGUUUAUUGCACAAUUUGUAUUCUUAGCAUCAGGUCUGGGAAACUUUGUAAAAAUGGGCACGAAUGUCACAGAAUUACACAACCUGAACUAUUUUUUAAAAAUUGGAGGGAAGGAUUAUGACUGAUCACUCUGAUCCCAAAGCUCAGGCAUGGAGAGCUUGAUUCCGAUAGCUAUGGGAGGACAGAAGGGUGGGUAUGUGGCUCUCUGGCAUUAGCUGUCGGAGCCACUUCGUAUCAAACUCCUGCUCACGUGAUUGCACACUCAGGAAAAGGGUCACAACCCUCAGAGGAGUUGAGGAACAAGGCCCAGGCCAUGACCAAGACAACAGGCCCCUUUGCUUGUUAGGUUGUUUACUACAGGUAACUUGGAAGACUAUUCAAGUGUAUCCUGGUUCCUGACAUCUUUUGUAUCCACAGAACAGGCAGGUUAAGAAAGGGGCCCUUCGAGAGUAGAAUGAUGCCACUGAGAAUGAAGGGGCCACCCCCUGUCCCUUAGACAGCCUGGCCUUCGGUGGGGAGGCCGUACCAUCCCUAUCGGCCCCAAGGCAGCUUCCCCAGAGGGAGAUGCCCCUGGGCCACCUGCUGGAGGUCUGGGAGGGUCCUGGAAGGAUUCCUACACUGCUCACCUCCUACAAGAAGCCUCCCUCCAUUUGGCACCUCUCCAGAACUUUGGCUGGAUUCCCCCCACCCCCUCCCAGGCCCUUUCUCCCUGCAGCCUGCUCCUCUCCAGACUGUGCAGUGAGUGGUAGCGAUCCUAGUUCUCAGCCAGAUUAGGUGAAAACUUGGGAAAGAUCCAUGGUGUUCCAUGCAUUGUGGGGGGGGAGAGGCAGGUAAUGUUUACAAAGAUGCUGGUCACAUGGGAGGAAGGAAACAAAUGAGAAAGCUGAAUCCCGGGCCUCGGCAGUUUUAGUGGUAAUUGUAAAGACAAAUAAAGCAGUGGAGAGGCAGAGAGAGUUUCCAGAUACAUUGUUCUCAAGUAACAAGCGUUUGGUAAAUUCAGAAUGUCUCCAAAUCUACUUUUCAGUGAAUCACCACAAGACAAGGAUGUUGGUGGGAGGAAGUUCAGACGGGGAGGAUGCCCAGUCUCUUGGUCAUGGGGGCCAAGCCAUGGCUCCACUUGGUUUGCGGGAAGCCCCCAGAACUAAGGGGGAGGGUAUGAUGUUCCAUAGAUGCCUCAUGAAAGAACCAUUUGGGGUGGAUGGGUCACUGUCAGCUCAGAUGCUGGAGGAUAUGACAGAAGGCCUCAGGGCUCUGGGCCCCCUGUGGUCCUUUUCCCAGCAGGGCCACAAUCUGGCCCCCCCGGCUCCUUGAGGAAACAGCCAUCGGUCAGCUCUGCAGUUCUAGGGGAGGGCAGUAUUGCCAAAGUACUACAGUACCUGUGAAAGCUGGCGUGUUCAUGUGCCCCUUCCCAUAAUUGGUAAAUGGCCUUCUACGGGAAUAAUACAAAAUAAAAACAUCUGGAGGUU